AUGCAGGUGACGCUGACGCAAAACGUCGCCACAACACCGGUGCGACAGCCGUCUAUACUCAGCCGCAGCAGCUCCACCGCCGGCCACGCUGCGGGCACUAGCUCUGCGCGGCUCUCCGCCCACCUGCGCACCAGUCUUCUGCAGACGCCACCGGGUCGUCCGUACCGCACGUCGGCGGUGGUGGCAGGAGUGGGCGCCGGUGAUGGCACUGCACCGCCUCUGUUGCCGUCCUUCGAGAGUCACCCGCUGCCCUCCUCCUCUGGCCGCUUUGAGCGGCAGCAAAGCGGCCGCCACGCACUGGGAAGCCGCAGCGAUGAGGAGACAGUGCCGACGAUUGACCUAGAAUUCAUUGGAGCGGAAGCGGAUGCGCUGGCAAAUGCCAUGUCGCGUGAAGAGUUAGAAAAAUCUGUCAAUGAGCUUCGCACAGAGAACCGGAUGCUACAGAGUACCAUCCUUGUAGAGCGAGAGGACCUGGCGAGACUACAGGAGGGUCUUCGGGAGACGUAUGAGACGGCAGAGAAGGAGGGGGAGAGCAUCACGAAUCAACUCAUGCGCCGUGUCGAUGCGGCGCGUCGUCAGAAGUCGCAGUUGGAAGCGCGUCUGCACGAGGAGGAGAAAAUGAAGAUGGAGCAGGAGCAAAGGCUGGUACAGCUCAAACUGAAUAAUUCAAACCUGGCACGGCGUCUGCAGCGUGAGGAGGAGGGAACAUUAACCACUAUGAAAAAACAGUUGCAGCAACUCCAAAAACAAAGACAGCACCUUGAGAGUCUUCUCUCUGAGCAAUCAUCAUCGGUGCAUCAGCUGCAGGAACUUGUUGAUGUCUUGCAAAAGCAGUCGGAUGAGGUGAGCGGCAGCAACCCGGCGCCCGCGGCGGGCACACUGGGCGAUUCAGGCCUGAUGGCUGCUGCCGAUGCGCCGAAUGCCUCGGCUUCGGCUGAUACGGUCCCGUUGCAGAGCCCAGCGACGGAGCACGCCGACCCCGCCAGCAACCCGCAUGAAAUGCUGCAGUACCUGAUGCACGAGGUGAAGGUGGUCGAGGGACUGCAGCGUGAGGCGUUCGAGCGGGGGGUGCGGUACGAGCAGAAGCGGCAGGAACUCGAGCGCCGCAUCCGCCAGGCCGAGCGCGAGCGCAACAGCAACCGUCACUCGCUGGAGGGCAUCCACCAGGAGCUGGUGGAGACAACCGCGACCGUGACAGAGCUGGCCUCCGCCGCGGAGAUGGCGAUGGAGGUGGAGAUUGACCGGCAGAUCCACGCAUGCAGCCGCCCCGCGUCGGUGAACAGCAGCAUGCACGAGAGCCUGACGCCGCUGCGCCGAGCGCGGACGCCGAGCGGGCGCAUCUCGGAGAGUCUUUCCGCGACAGAGGCGUUUGCGAAGACCACGAAAAAGUAA